ACCAGCAGCCGACACGAUCUGUUCUAACCUUCCCGUUCCUCGAUGCUUGGUACAUUGGUGUAUUGAGUGUUGAAAAACACUAUUUAAUGUCUUUUUUCAUUUGUAGAAAGAGAAUGUCAUUAUCGUUUUCAAUUGCUUGAUCAAUUAUGGUCUGUCUUAGCCCAUCUUUACUCAUGCGAGUAACAUCGGUGUCAUUAAAGAGACUUCGUGGCACAUUUUUUGAUAAAGUGCAUUUAAAUCUUCGAGCUGGUAAUGGAGGUAUGGGCAAUCAGAAGUUCGGUGGUGUUGGAGGUAAGGGCGGGGACAUAUACAUGAAAGGGUCUAAGGUCAAGGAUUUGAUGGGCGUUGCUGUCCAAUACCCAGAAAGGAAAAUAAGAGCUGAACAUGGUGGAAAUAGUAUUGAAAAAAGAUUAUUGGGUGUGCGAGGAACCGACAUAGUUGUGGAAGUGCCCUGUGGGGUCAGGGCCAUCACUGAUGACAAGCUCAUUAUCGGAGAAGUAAACAAAAUCAACGAGACAGUUCUCCUAGCACGAGGAGGAGUUGGUGGAAACCCUGCAACCAACUUCUCUGGUCUCAGAGGACAGAAAUUUAAUGUGACACUUGAGUUGUCCCUUAUUUCUGAUGUUAGCCUUUUAGGUUUUCCAAAUGCUGGCAAGUCAACUCUUUUAAAAGCAUGUUCAAAUGCCAAACCAAGAAUUGCAGCAUAUCCAUUCACUACUGUGAAACCCAAUAUUGGGAUUUUACAGUAUAAAGAUCACAGGAGUAUAUCAAUGGCUGAUCUUCCUGGACUUAUCGAAGGAGCCCAUGCCAAUUAUGGAAUGGGUCACAAAUUUUUACGGCAUAUUGAGAGAACUAAUAUUGUGUUAAUGAUUGUUGAUGUGACCGGAUUCCAGCUUAAUCUCCAGCACCCUAAAAGAUCUGCACUUGAAACAAUCAUGUUACUCCUUAAGGAAUUAGAACUUUAUAAUCCAAGCUAUUUAGACAAGCCUAUGGCUUUGAUAGUGAACAAAAUGGAUCAACCUGGAUCAGAAGAAGUGCUUUCAGAAAUUAAAAGUAAAUUGGCUAAUAUAGAAGAAUUUUCUGAAAAUUUGCCCGAGAACAUGAAGUGUGAAAGACUUAUACAAUUUGAAGAUAUUAUCCCGAUAUCAGCAAAAUCUGAUUCAGAAAGUGUGAAAGCUGUAAAGGAAUAUGUUCGCUUAUCUUUGAAAAAUCUUGCUGAAAAGAAGUGGUCUGACACAGUUCAGGGUGAGGUGGAAGAGUCUCUUAAAAGAUUAAAACCAACUAGUGAAGAAAAGGGACCCACACUUGUGUAAGAUAAAGAAAAAAAAUACAACUACAUUUGAUAACUGUGUGCAUCUCUACACUCUUUUACCACCAUUCUCCAGCUUCUCUUGAUAUUGUAUAAAGAAGAGGUAUACUUGGGUCAAUAAUGGGAAAUGAAAUAAGAAAACCAAAAAUUUGCUUUUAUCGCCAUAAGAUUCUAUUGAGCUCUCUAGAACGCCAAAAUACUUGGCUCCAACUUUAUCCAGAGGAUAGUCACUUUCCAAUUUUUCAUGUAAAUACAAAAAAAAUGUUCACUAAGAUUUUGAUCAGAUUCUGUGCUCGACAGUUCAAGGUUAUGUAAAAUGAGGGAACACCAAAUUUGGAGAAGUGGCAAAGGAUAAAGUUUGACAAGAUUUGAAUGUCCUGAAUUGACCAGAAUGGACAAAACGAUUAUUUCUACAAAGCCACAUCAAUACAUCAAAGACCUCCUGCACCAUUACAAAAACACACUUAAAUAACAUACCAAUGCAUUCGUCCUUUACACCAGUGAAUGUUAAAUCAAUUACAGAAAAUAGUUAGAUACCUCAAAGAACAUGGCAUGAAAGACUAAAAAAAAAAAAAAAAAAAAAAAAAAAAAAAAAAAUAAGAAA